AUAAAAUAAAAUGAUAUAAAAAGAGGGUGUUCCGUGUUAAGAGGAACCUAGCGCGCAGUACAAAAAGACACAAAGUGAAGCCGAACGACACAGUAUUAGCUCGAUGAUGGCGAGUCUGAGCUACCUUUUCUGUGUGCUAGUGAGCCUUCUCGACCCAAUCAGCUGCCAUGGUCUGUCAAAGCCUGAGGAGGGAGAGCACAAGGCCUUGUUUGUAUUUGGGGACUCACUCUUCGAUGCCGGCAACAACCAGUACCUCAAUGGCAGCGUCGAAGGGGGAGCAAUUUCCUGGCCGUAUGGGGAAACCUUCUUCAACCAUUCCACCGGGAGACUCUCCGAUGGCCGGCUAGUCCCAGAUUUUAUUGCCCAGUUCGCGAAGUUGCCUAUACUUCCACCAUACCUACAGCCAAUUGAACAUCGAUUCACCGAUGGGGUCAACUUUGCUUCAGCUGGAGGAGGUGUUCUUGUUCAAACCCACCCUGGAACGAUAAAUCUCCCAACGCAGCUAAGCUAUUUUAAGACUGUAGUGAAGUCACUGAGGCAGAAACUUGGUGAUGUAGAAGCCAAGAAAGUGCUGAUGAGAGCUGUAUACUUGUUUAGCAUUGGAGGCAACGAUUACUUCAGUUUUUACUCACAGAACCCGACUGCACCUCAGUCCUACCGAAGACAGUAUGUGGGGAUGGUGAUCGGAAACUUGACUAGUGUGCUCAAAGAAAUAUAUAGUUUAGGAGGGAGGAAAAUUGCAUUUCAGAACGCAGGGCCUUUGGGUUGCCUACCGGCCAUGAAGGCUAGGAAUUCCCAACUUGGUAGUGAGUGUGCUGAAGAACCCUCAGCUCUGGCAAGGCUACACAACAAAGCUCUAGCCAAUGUCCUUAAAAAGUUAGAGACCAAGUUACCAGGAUUCAAAUAUUCAAUAUUUGAUUACUACAAUGCGCUUGGAGACAGAGUUAAUAACCCUUCAAAAUAUGGCUUCAAGAAUGGUAAGGCUGCAUGUUGCGGUGGCGGGGCAUAUAGGGGAAUGAAUUGUGGAGGUGGAAGAAAUGGGACAGAACCGUACGAGUUAUGCAGCAAUCCGAGUGAGUAUGUCUGGUUUGAUGGCGGCCAUACUACUGAAACGGCAAACCGCCAGUUAGCUGAGCUGAUAUGGAGUGGAGCACCAAAUGUCACAGGGCCUUACAAUGUGAAACAACUAUUUGGACAUGAAUAACAAAUUGUCUUCUAGCUGGCUUUCCUAUUGUGUUUUUGGAUAUUGCAGUCCCAGACUAAACCACUCCUCUUUAGAAUAGUCACUUCUUUUGCAGAGCCAAAUGGAGGCCAAUAUAUAUAUCGAUGGUCUUUAUUUUUCCUUUUUGAAUCUAACUUGAUAAAUGUUUUAGCAUUUUAUAAACUAGAGAUGUUGUUCAUAAAUAAUGGAUAAACCAAUAUGCAUCA